AUGCAGGAGAAGCAGGAAGACCUGAUUGAAGUUUGCAAAGAGGAACCAGAUUGUGGAUGCUGUGGCUACAGCACCACCGUCAAGGUCGGCAAGAUGGAGGAGCACCAUCGCCUGUGUGACAAGAGCUACACCAUGGGUCCACUGGGCCCGGACGGCAUCCCAACAGACCCCCACAAGAUCUACAAAGCUCAUACCAGAGGGAUUGAGGAGUGGGGCGCAGUUGAGUCAUUUGAGGCUGAGAACAACAUGGGCAAGUUGACGAUGCAGCUCGCACAUUUCAUGACCCAGGAGUGUGGUUGGACACUUCAGGUUUGUGAUGCCGCGAAUCUUGGGCGAAGAAGGUGCAUCCGAGAACAGCAGAUGAAGUUCAAGGCACCCCACCCACUGAGCAUGAUCGCCCCACUGGUGAUGAUUGAGCUAGGUGUGGGGCGGUGGGACCCUGUCAGAGAAACGACGAGCAACAUCUAUGUGCAUGGUGCAGACAGCGAUGGCAUCUUCGAGAAGCUGCGCAGCUUCUUCCAAACGGCAUGGGCAGCCAAGGAGAAGGAUGCUGAUCCAGGUUACUGCGACAUGAAGUUCGAAACAUGUGCCUUGCAAGAGCGAGGGUUCCAGGGAGAGAACAACAUGGGGCAGAAAGCCAUGGAAGCUGUUGAUUUCAUGGUGAAGAAGUGUCAAUGGUCUUUGGUCUCGCGAAGCAACGGCUGCUUCGGAAAGUCUGUGGACAUGCGAGAGCAGCAGCUGGUUUUCCGCAAGGAUGAGUUUAUCCAGCGCGGCUCAGAUCACAUUAUAGUCGAGUUUCGGACGGUUGGCUACGUCGAGAUCACGGGUCUGCAGGACGCGGAAGACCUCAAGCCUCGCUUGGCCGAGUACUUCGAGAAGCAAGAGUGCCAUAGCUACGACACCCCAUAUCCGGUCCCUUCAGAGUUCUUCUUCCGCGACGGCUACACAACCAACCUCGGAAAGCUGACGAUGAGCUUAGCGGAUUUCCUGGGAUCAGAGGGUGCCUCCAUCAAGGAACACCAGGUGACCUUCACCCGUAGCCCUGAGAAGGCAUCGGCACCUUUGUUGAUGAUUGAGCUGCGCACCAUUCCCUUGCCCAACUUUCCUCCGAGCUGGCACAGCGCGAUUCAGAUCACGGGGUCUGAUACCAAUGGAGUCUACGGGCAUUUGGACCGCUUCAUCCGGAAGUAUAUGAGUGGGCGCGAGAUAAGACAUCCUGAUGCUGCCUCCUACUGCGAUAAGUACUACUCCUGCAAUGCCUUUCGCUUGAAGCCCGCCAGCUUCCGCGAGAGUUGCAUGGGAAUGGUGAAUGGAGAGAGCGACCUUGGCAAGUGGACCAUGCGCCUCUGCGAUUUGAUGGUGGAUCAUGUAGGUGAAUGGGACUUGGUCACGUGCAACAGCGACAACGCAGAGGGUUAUGGAAUCAACACCACUGCCCGGGAAAUGCAGAUGAUCUUUCGACACCGCAAAGGCGGGCGACGGGUCUUCAUGUCGGCUGCCCAGGUGGAGCCUUUGGGGAGGCCGCCACUUCAGCCUCCAGGCUACUGGAAUGAAGGCUGCCAGAUGGGGGAGGUUGGCCACAAGCUCAUCCCAGGCACCGAGGAGGAGUUGCAAUGGAUGCAGGAACUCCUGGAUAAGACCUUCAAGAGCAAGGUGACGCGUGAUCGCAAGGAUGGGCAGGCCUUGGCAGAUCGGUUUGUGGCGGUCCAGUGCAUCCGCAGCGAGCAUCCUGCGAUUUGGGAUCGCUUCGCAAAACGUCGCCAGCUCUUGCCAGCCGGAGGUUCGGAAGUCAGUCUUCCCAAGACGAUGGCUGCCAGUUCCGGCCUGGCGAAGAGGUGUGUCGAGGUCUCGGCAGGCAAUCCUUCAAACGAAGCUUACUUGCUCCAUGGGACCAACCCAACCUCGGCUGUGGCCAUCCUGAGCAACUCCUUCACAGUAGACUUUGCUGGGAAGAGUGCUGGCACCAUGUUUGGUCCUGGCAUCUACUUGGCCGAGAGCUCUACGAAAGCGGACGAGUAUGCCCAGGAUGAUGCUACUGGGGACUAUGCCGAACUCUACGCCGUCCUGGUCUGCAGGGCUCUUCUAGGAAAGCCCUACGUGACCGAAGAGCCCGGUGAUUUUCGAGAGCAGGUGCUCAGUGGGGAGUUCGGCCAUGUACUGGGCGAUCGCGAGAAGGCCGUGGGCACGUUCCGAGAGUUUAUCUUCUUCCACGAAGCCGCUGUCUACCCUGAGUACGCCGUCUUCUACCGGAGGGAGAAAGAUGGCCGAGUCAUGCCAAGGAACGAAAGUGAGAUGGCGCCUCGCCCCAUGGAAAUGGAAGUCUGA